AUGAUUUCAGAUGCCGGAAAGAAGGAAUUGGUGGAUGUGCUGGGUAUUCGUGCCAUCUUUGACUUUCGGUUCAAUCAAGAACGCGAGAGCGAGCCCGAGCCCAUUCUGCAAGGUGUAGCGAGUAUUCUCACAGAACAAGAUGAAGAAGAUGCAGAAUGGACAAGCUUGAUAGACAUGUACUUUUCCUUUCUCGAAACGCACAAGUCCAUUUACAGAAAAGUGUUUCUACACAUUUUGAAUAACCCCAAGUGGCCAUUUUUGGUCCACUGCACAGCUGGCAAAGACCGCACGGGAGUUGCUGUAGCGCUUAUCCAAUCCAUCGCAGGCGUUCCCCGAGAAGACAUAGUGUAUGAAUACACAUUGACAAGAAUCGGCAUCGAGCCAGUUCGAGAUCUACUACAAGCAAAGCUGGCUGGUGGAGACGGGUCCGAGGUUGACUGGGAUAAUGAAAACCUCAAGACAAUUGCUGGAUGCAUUGCUGAAACCAUGGAGGUGUUCUUGGAUAAAAUGCAAGAGAGAUUUGGCAGUGUCCAUGGCUAUGUGAAGACGGAGCUGGGAUUUACCGAUAAGGAGAUUGAAGUGAUUAGACAGAAUCUGCAGCCCGAGAAUUUGUGA